AUGCAAGUAGCAGAGAUUCUAUCCGAUAUCACCUCCCUCCGAGUCUGUGGCCAUAAUGAGGCCCUUGCCCUGGUCAACACGCACAAUACCGUCUCGGGGUUAGAACGCCGAACGUCGGGUGAGACCUCGACUGCAACCACUAACGACGGCGACCAAUUGACGAAAGACGAAGACCUUCGUCGCGCGAAGGAGCUUGUUGAGCUGCACUACGAAGUCAAGGCGCGACAUGCCAAUGGGAUGGUGGACGAUGCGCUAAGUCGAGCGCGAGACGACGUGCAGCGGGUCUUGAAGGAAUUACAGUAG